AUGACCCCAGCUACCUCUCCCAUCGGUGCAUCAGGAGUAGCCCACCGAAGCCAGAGCAGCGAAGGAGUGAGUUCACUCAGCAGUUCUCCAUCUAACAGCCUUGAAACACAAUCUCAGUCUCUCUCUCGGUCUCAGAGCAUGGAUAUUGAUAGUGUCUCCUGUGAGAAAAGCAUGUCCCAGGUAGAUGUGGAUUCAGGAAUUGAAAAUAUGGAGGUUGAUGAGAAUGAUCGCAGAGAGAAAAGGAGUCUGACGGAUAAGGAACCUCUGUCUGGGUCUGAAGUGUCUGAGGAGCAGGCUUUACAGCUGGUCUGUAAGAUCUUCAGAGUCUCUUGGAAGGACCGAGACAGAGAUGUUAUCUUCCUGAAUUCACUCUCUGCCCAGUUUAAGCAGAACCCAAAGGAAGUGUUUUCAGAUUUUAAGGACUUGAUUGGGCAGAUUUUGAUGGAAGUGCUGAUGAUGUCCACCCAGUCGAGGGAUGAAAACCCGUUUGCCAGCCUGACAGCUACAUCCCAACCAAUUGCUGCAGCUGCCCGGUCUCCUGACAGAAGCCUGAUGUUAAACAUGGGCUCUAACCCAGGAAGCAGCCCUAUGUUCUGUAACGUGGGCUCCUUUGGUUCCAGUUCAUUAUCCAGUCUCUAUGGGACUAGUCCAGCUUCUACUACCAAUUUCACAAGCUAUGUACCAAUGACUGGUUCAUCUCUUACCCCACCAGCCAGCUCAGUUGCCACUGCAUCUGUGCCUUCCAUUACUGUCAGCUCUCACCUCACAGCAACAAGCCCUUCUUCGAUUCAGCCUUCUUCUCCGAGUUCACCAAGUCCUCGGGCCGUGGCUGCUAGCCCUCCAGCCAUGCCGCUCAUCACCUCCAGGCAGAGACCCACAACCAUGGGUCCGCCUUUGUUUACUGCUUCACCCAGUACCUUGCGCAGGCGUUCUUCUUUACUGAACAGGAUUCCUUCUAGUAUAUACGACAACCCUUUCUCCCUCCUCCUUCUUGCCGUUUCUGAUGUGUCUGAGGACAGUAGUGAUGAAGAAAAUGAAGAUGAUGAUUUUGCUUGUGUCCAGUUUGGGUCCAGUAUGGGAGGAUCUGGCAGCUCAAGUGUUUCCGAUUCCUGCAGUGACCACUUCACCAUUGAAAACUGCAAGGAGACGGAGAUGCUGAACUACCUCAUUGAGUGUUUUGACAGAGUUGGAAUAGAGGAGAGAAAAGCGCCAAAGAUGUGUAGCCAACCAACAGUUAGCCAGUUACUGAGCAACGUCCGAUCACAGUGCAUUUCACACGCUGCUUUGGUGCUACAGGGAUCCUUAACGCAACCAAGGUCGUUGCAGCAGCAGUCUUUGCUGGUACCAUAUAUGCUGUGUAGGAAUCUCCCAUUUGGCUUCAUCCAAGAAUUGGUGAGAACAACUUAUCAGGAUGAAGAGGUGUUCAAACAGAUCUUUAUUCCCAUUUUACAAGGCCUGGCUGUAGCUUCCAAAGAGUGCUCCCUUGAUAGUGACAAUUUUAAAUACCCGCUUAUGGCACUAUGUGAACUUUGUGAAAUCAAGUUUGGGAAAACACACCCUAUGUGCAGUUUGGUUGUUUCUUUGCCCUUGUGGUUGCCUAAAUCUUUAAGUGCAGGUGCAGGAAGAGAGCUGCAGAGACUUUCCUAUCUUGGAGCCUUCUUCAGUCUCUCUGUCUUCGCUGAAGAUGACAACAAAGUAGUUGAAAAGUACUUCUCAGGUCCUGCAAUUACUCUUGAAAACACCCGAGUUGUUAGCCAGUCUUUGCAACAUUACCUGGAAUUAGCAAGGCAAGAGUUGUUCAAGAUUCUACACAGUAUUUUACUGAAUGGUGAAACUCGAGAAGCAGCUCUCAAUUACAUGGCAGCUAUUGUCAACGCCAACAUGAAAAAGGCACAAAUGCAGACAGACGAUCGUUUGGUAUCUACAGACGGCUUUAUGCUCAACUUCUUAUGGGUACUACAGCAACUAAGUACGAAGAUAAAGCUGGAAACGGUUGAUCCCAUGUACAUAUUUCAUCCCAGGUGUCGUAUUGACCUCCCAACAGAUGAGACAAGAGUAAAAGCAACAAUGGAGGAUCUUACCGCCUGGAUUGCUGAACUUUACAGGGAUCCGUCUCCAUUUUCUGAGCCGAAAUUCCCAACAGAAUGUUUCUUCCUAACCCUGCAUGCCCAUCAUCUCUCAAUCCUGCCAAGCUGCCGUCGGUACAUACGUAGGCUGCGAGCCAUCAGGGAGCUCAACAGGACUGUUGAAGAUUUGAAAAACAAUGAAAGUCAGUGGAAGGAUUCUCCUCUGGCUACCAGGCAUCGAGAAAUGCUGAAACGUUGCAAGACACAGCUUAAGAAACUGGUGAGGUGCAAGGCUUGUGCAGAUGCUGGUUUGCUGGAUGAGAACUUUCUCAGGAGAUGUCUGAAUUUCUAUGGCAUGGUGAUUCAGCUGAUGCUUCGCAUUCUUGACCCUGCCUAUCCCAACAUUAAAUUGCCUUUAACUCCUGAAGUUCCGAAGGUAUUUGCAGCAUUGCCAGAGUUUUACGUGGAAGAUGUUGCUGAAUUUUUAUUUUUUAUUGUACAAUAUGCUCCUCAGGUGCUUUAUGAGCCCUGUACUCAGGACAUAGUGAUGUUCCUUGUUGUGAUGCUGUGCAACCAGAACUACAUCCGAAAUCCUUAUUUAGUAGCCAAGCUAGUGGAAGUGAUGUUCAUGACGAAUCCAGCUGUUCAGCCCCGGACACAGAAGUUCUUUGAAAUGAUUGAGAAUCAUCCUCUCUCCACUAAAUUGUUAGUCCCCUCCCUGAUGAAGUUUUACACAGAUGUUGAACAUACCGGAGCCACUAGCGAAUUCUAUGACAAGUUUACAAUCCGCUACCACAUCAGCACCAUUUUCAAAAGCCUCUGGCAGAACAUAGCUCACCAUGGUACAUUUAUGGAAGAGUUCAACUCUGGGAAGCAGUUUGUUCGCUACAUCAACAUGCUGAUAAAUGACACAACUUUCUUGCUGGAUGAGAGUCUGGAGUCCCUAAAACGUAUCCAUGAAGUGCAAGAGGAGAUGAAGAAUAAAGAUCAAUGGGACCUGCUGCCCAGGGAUCAGCAACAGGCUCGUCAGUCGCAGCUAGCUCAGGAUGAGCGGGUGUCUCGUUCAUAUCUUGCCCUGGCAACAGAAACUGUUGAUAUGUUCCAUAUCCUUACCAAGCAGGUUCAAAAGCCUUUUCUCAGACCUGAACUUGGACCACGACUGGCUGCUAUGUUGAACUUCAACUUACAGCAACUGUGUGGCCCCAAGUGCCGUGAUCUGAAAGUCGAAAACCCUGAGAAAUACGGGUUUGAACCAAAGAAGCUGUUGGACCAACUGACUGACAUUUAUCUACAGCUCGAUUGUGCUCGCUUUGCUAAAGCAAUUGCUGAUGAUCAGAGGUCCUACAGCAAAGAGCUCUUUGAGGAGGUUAUCUCAAAGAUGAGAAAGGCUGGAAUCAAGUCAACCAUAGCAAUAGAGAAAUUCAAACUGCUGGCAGAGAAAGUGGAGGAAAUCGUUGCCAAGAAUGCCCGUGCAGAAAUCGAUUACAGUGACGCCCCGGAUGAAUUCAGAGAUCCCCUUAUGGACACGCUGAUGACUGAUCCCGUGAGGUUGCCAUCCGGAACUAUUAUGGACAGGUCCAUCAUCCUGAGGCAUCUCUUGAACUCUUCCACUGAUCCUUUCAAUCGUCAGACGCUGACGGAAAAUAUGCUGGAACCAGUGCCAGAACUUAAAGAGCAAAUCCAAGCCUGGAUGAGAGACAAGCAGAACGCUGAGCAUUAAGAAUUCCCUUGCAGUGCACGCCAACACCGACGGGAAGACCAGGGCGUGGGCUGUUCUGGUGACAGUGGAGCAGACACACUUUGAGAGCUGUUUAUGGGAUUAGCACGCCCACUGGCACUGGCUUGCAGUAGUGACCAGGAGCAUGUGGACGAGGAGAAAAGCGGCUUAAUUCUUGUACAUAUAUUUAAGUGAUAACGAUGGUCAAUAACAUGGAGGACAAGCUAGGAAGUUGCUUAUGUUACAAAACUGUCCUUCAAUAUGUCACAUUUUGGAGUUUUUACAGCUGAAUUAUUUUAGCAAAGAUGAAUGGAUCAGGGCAGCAUCCCUUCAACCUUAUUUUUUACAGCCAGAUAUCCGUUAAUUUGAUUGUGGUUAGAACCUUGGACAUUUGCUGCUAAAGUAACUUUUUUUUUUUCCUCCCUUCUUCCUCUUCCACCCAUCAAACCUGCACUGCUGUCUUUUUUUUUUUUUUUUUUUUUGUAAUGCAAAAAAAAUAAAAAUUUUCCCUGUGAAAAUCAAAAUCAUUCCCCUGCCCUCAAAAGAACAUAUUCUGUGCGAUAACUGUGCCUGCAACAAAGUGUUAAUCUUGGGAUCGUAUUUUUAUAUUAUACAUAUUUGCAUAUUUGGUUUUUAAUUGGUGUUUGACACAAGGAUAAUAUCAAAAAAAGCAAAGAUUUCACACAUGGAUUUUAAUUUCUGUUCUUUGAAAUGUCCCUUUUCUUUAUGUUUAUCUAGAUGCUCUGGUAUUUUUGAAAAGC